AUGCCUCUGGCGGUUGGUCGGGAGACAUCCAGAGAUGUUUGGCUCGCAAUCAACGAAUCGCUAGCAUCUUCCACGAGGGCUCGGUGCCUCAAUUUGUUGGGGCAAUUCCAGACACUCCGGCAAGGCAGUAUGACGGCCUCGGAGUAUCUCGGCAAAGCCAAAUUGCUGGUCGAAGCUCUCUCCCUCGCCGGUCACCAUCUCACCCUCGAUGAACAGGUUCUCUACGUGCUGCGUGGACUCCGGCCGGAGUUUCGGGCGUUAGCCAGUGCACCCACCGUGACUGGAAAGUCGGUGACCCUAUCCCAGCUCGGUGAUCUUUUGCAGGCGCAGGACUUCAUUCAAGGCGAUGAUCUCUCUGCAAUGGAUGCUGGAAAUACCUCCUCUCCGGUGGCCCUGUAUGCUGGUCGCGAUGGUCAGACCAGUGGGCACGGCGGACGGCAGUCCGAAAAUCAGCGCGGCCGAGGGCGUGGAGGUGGACGGCAGAAUGGCGGAGGUCGUGGCCGUGGCAAUCCUCGGUGUCAGAUUUGCCGGAGUCACGGUCAUACGGCCGUCUACUGCUACAAAAGCUACAUGGAACCUGCACCGCAUGCCAAUGUCGCUGUCGCAGGAGGCUCGCCGGUGGACACCACUCAACCGGACGCCUGGUUCCCUGACACUGGAGCGUCCACCAAUGCGUCGUCGGAUGAGCAGCAAGUUGGGCAGUCCGAGCUCUACACCGGCGGAGAUGUGCUGAAAGUGGGCAAUGGCGCAGGAUUGCACUACACGGGAAACGCUUCUUAA